GAAACUUGCUGGCUUGUAGGACACUUGGUGUGGUUUAUGGACACCCAGAAAGACCAAGAGGAUGUUGUGCCUAUGGAUCUGCCUAAAGAUGGUGACACUUGCUGAAGCAGAAAUCUACCAGAAAACAUCCCUCUGUCAACACCACACAACUCCAGUUUCUUCCCCCUUGUGACAAAGAAAGUAAUCGCCUGGACAAUUGGAACUUAUUCUGGAAAGAAAGAUAUAGAUUAUCAAUGUUAUUGUUGGGAAAGAUGAAGAAGGCAGAAAGAUCCCAGAGUAUCUGAUCCAUUUUAAUGGUUGGAACAGAAGCUGGGACAGAUGGAUGACUGAAGGUCAUUUGCUUCAUGAUACUGAUGAAAAUCGUAGAUUACAGCGUAAAUUGGCAAGAAAAGCUCUGGCUCACCUAAGAAGCACAGGAAAAAAGAAACACUACAGGUUGCCUGGUUUCAAGUCUGUCUUAAAAAACAUCCCCGCUGAAGAAAACGAUGAAAACUUAGUAGAUGGUUCCUCUGGUGCCAGUAGUGAAGAAAGAGAUGAAAAACUAAGUGAAGAAAGUGAUAAUGAAGAAAAGACUGAAGUGAAAGAAGAUCCAUCUCUGCAAGCAAACAUGGAAUUGGAAGAAAGAAAAAUAACUAUAGAAAUCCCUGAAGUUCUGAAGAAGCAUCUUGAGAAUGAUCAUUACUAUAUUAACAAGAGGAAACGGUUAGUGAAGCUUCCAUGCCAGACCAACAUCAUCGCUAUUCUGGAAUCCUAUGUGAAAUAUUUUGCUAUCAAUGCAGGCUUUUCUGCUGAAAGGCCUCGUCAUCAUCACGCUGUGCAGCAUGAGAACACAGAGAUGCAUUACACCCCAGUGGAAAAAAAUGUCAACCUUUGCAAGGAGAUGGUGGAUGGAUUAAGAAUAACCUUUGAUUACACACUCCCAUUGCUUUUGCUCUAUCCACAUGAACGAGCUCAGUAUAAAAAUGUGAAUUCGUCUGAGUUUUUUCUUCCAAUGAAGGAAAGUGCAGCAAACACUAAUUGGAGCCAAGAACUGUCUUCCAGUCUACCUCUGCUCAAUCUGUCCACACUGCAGUCUGCAGAGAAUCAGCCAACCCCGGGUGAGCCAGCUGCCUCCAAAAGAUGCAGUGCUGAGCUAGAAGCACUACAGUCUCUGAGGCACUGCACACUCCACAGUGCCAACUGUGACAGGCUCUCUGAGAGCAUCACAUCGUCUCAGCCCAAGUGCCUGCAGCAGGACACAUCCUCCAGCAUGUCCCUGCACCUGGAAGAGAAGACACCUAUGCAUAGCAGAUCCUCUUUACCUGACCUUCUGACUCCUAGCAAGAAAGAGAGUACAGUGUUUCCUGGCUUUGAAGGGAAAAGAACAAAGGAAAUAAACAAGGUUCUGUCUUGGAAGCUCGUGCCUAGCAAUUACCCUCCAGGAGACCAGUUGCCUCCACCAUCUUACAUAUAUGGGGCACAGCAUUUGCUACGAUUGUUUGUGAAACUUCCGGAAAUCCUUGGAAAUAUGUCCUUUUCUGCAAAGCAUCUCAAGGCUUUACUGAAGCACUUUGAUCUCUUUCUGAGGUAUUUAGAAGAAUACCACGAUGAAUUCUUCCCAGAAUCAGCCUACAUUCCUGCCUGUGAGGCUCUCUACAGCACCAAAAACCCCAGGACAAUUUAUUAAAGUUGUGUUGCCUGUGUAAGAACAGGUUUUCCUGUCUAGCUUUACACUCUGUGUUCCAGAUGAAAAAAAUAGCAAGGUGGUAUGCCUUCUUGACAGAGAGCACAAACAAGACACUGCAUGGGGAAUCCGGCAGAGCCAGGCCCUGCAAUCUGAGUUUAUUCUGUUACAUUUUUUCAGAGGUGCCUGCCUAUGCCCUGACAUGACGCUUGACACUGCAAAGGCUGCCUAGGAUGGCAAGAAAAGAGCAGCUUGGUUCACAAUCAGCGUUCAUGAAUAGACACAGACGAUGCUGUUUUAAUAGGCAUUCCAGUUAGUUCUUAAUGAAAACCACAUUAAUUAGUUACUUGUUAGCAUUUAAUGUAGUGUCUUGCAGGAUGUUAUCAUUCUUGUGCUGAGGUUAAUUAACUGUCCAGCAAAUUCUAGUUCAUAGUUGGAAACUGCAACUUGUCUUGAGUAUUUUAGGGAGAAUGAAUAUUGAUGGGAAAAAGAAAUUGCAGGUGUACA